AUGACGAUGCUUCUUGUCAACCCCCAGGAAGUGCAACCCCACACAUACUACAUGAACUACCGGCUAGCAACAACAUCGGCGCCCACAGUCAACAACAUCCUCAGCAUGCCUUCGCAACACCACGAGAGACAUCACCACCAGUCGGGCGCCUACUCGUCCUACAGCAACACGGUUGCUCAGGCCUUGGAGAUUGCUCGAGAGAGCCCCGAUGGCGCAAUGGACCCCACCGUGAGCAGCAUACUGGAAAACGCCAUUGCUCAGAUAUGGUCAAAGGUGCAGUCGCACCCAGAUUCAUACGUCAUGACGAGGGACGAGUUCGCCGUCUUCAACUACUUCCAGCACCGCUUCCAGGGCGAUAAGGCAGCUGAUGCUGCCAGGUCCCGCUACUGGAGCAACACCAAGGGAGACAGCACAAAAGGGGCUUAG